AUGACCUUCAGAAAAGUUAGGUUUCUUACUCCUGAACAGCCAUAUCUUGGCGAUAUCGCCUCCACCUGCUCUACCUACAGCAGCCAUGCCAGCGAAGACGGUCUGGUAGCGCUAGGGCGUGCUUCUGAUAAGGGUCUCAUCGACUGGUGGGGCUCUUACAUCCCAUUGGAGUUGUGGACUCCUCCUGCAUUGUUGAGGAAACCAAGGAUGAAAGGAGUUGUCGGAUUGGAAAACUAUCUGAAGUUUAAAAAAUACGACUUGACACAAGAGUUUCCUGCCGACCACGAAAAGAUGGAUGAUUUGUUCGCACAAAGGGAUCAAGUAUACGAGCUCUGUUUCAACGGCCACUUCGACAAGAUAGGGAGUAUGCUUGCCGGUUCUUUCCUCACUCAACAAAUGGUGCAAGAUAUGUAUGCUAUGGAAUCAAGGCAAACAUUCAGAAAUGUUGCCCAAACUCCGCAAGUAACUUUACCCGGAGGGGAAUGUUCCACCUAUGCGGAGACAGCACCCAGAACAAGGUAUGAUGAUUCCUACGACUGCGGAUGGGACGAUCCUAGUUCGGCCGAGUCAGUGGAAGAUCCCUACGACUGCGGAUGGGAGCUUUCUGCUGAUACUCAAAGUAUUGUGCAAUCAGCUGAGUUGCCAGAUGCCUAUGACUGUGGGUGGGAUUGUCCUAUGGAUGAUCAAGGCAUCCCGCAAUCAUGUGGGUCAGCGGAAGAUGCUUAUGACUGCGGUUGGGAUCAUCCUAUGGAUGAUCAAGCCAUCCUGCAAUUGGGUGAGUCAGCGGAAGAUGCCCAUGAUUGCGGAUGGGAUCAUCCGAUGGAUGACCAAGCCAUCCUGCAAUCGAGUGAGCCGGCAGCAGAUGCCUAUGAUUGUGGAUGGGAUCAUCCGAUGGAUGAUCAAGGCGUCCAACAAUCGGGUGAGUCAGCGGCAAAUGUGGACAGGUCUGUUGAAGAUCCCUAUGACUGUGGAUGGGACAACCCUAUGAAUGUGACAGAAGCCUCUUCAAAUGUGACGGAGGAAUAUGUUGGCAUAGAUGCAUCCCAAGAUGGAGGAUCAGCAGGGGAUGAUCCAUAUGACUGUGGAUGGGAUGCCCCGGAAGUCAGCAGACCCACUGCCACUGGCAGUAACACAGUGGAUGAAUUUGCCUCUUCUGAGCAUUGGCCAAGUUUGCUAGAAGACAAUGAAACAAAUGUCUUCGAACAUGCAGAACACUCUAUGAGGUCUGUGAUCCGAAUCUUGCAUGACAUUCGGCCUGACAAUAUUCAUCACAAUGCAAACAGCAUUGCAACAACUGCUGGGCAUGUCCUCGACCCCAUGUUGACACCGACCUCCUUCGGGACUCAAGGCAGUAUCGGGGCUCACACGGAGGCAAGAAAUAGAGUGGCGGAACUGGGUGAGGACAUUGCAACUGUCCACCAUUUACUCAACGUCCACCGCCGCAUUAUGACGCAGCUGGAUGUCAUGAUAGCAAACUGUGCAAAGUGA